AUGAUAGGUAACAACGCUUUACUUUUUGUGUCAGCAUUGGCCUGCACGGGGGCAUUCGCUCUUUCUGACAAUACAACUAGCCAAGUGCCCAAGAAAACCGGAAGUGGCUACGUUCUGACAGAUAUUGUAGGCAAAAGAGCCGACGCACAUCCAAAUCCAAGAAUUUAUCAAUAUCCCCAAUUUCUGCCUGAUGUAGUCGACACUCUGUUAGGUGACAACAUUCUGGGUAACAUUUUGCUCAAAGAAAGAUCAGACCCUGCUCCAGUUCCGGUCUCAAAUAAGUUCUCAUAUUAUGAAAUUGAUAUCGAAGUGGGAACCCCGGGCCAACAGUUGUCUCUUAUUCUAGACACUGGAUCAAGUGACCUUUGGGGUGUUUCAACUUCCGACAUUAGAUGUUCCAACAAUGGUCAGGGCAGUUUAGACUGUUCUCAAAACACAUUUAAUCAGGAGAAGUCAUCAACAUGGCAAGUCAACAGUAGUGCACCUAACUUUGGGAUUCAGUACGUAGAUGGCUCGGGUGCUAAAGGAGUGUGGGGUAAUGAUGUCGUCAGUUUUGGAGAUGUUUCCCUGGACUCCUGCUCAUUUGGACUAGCCACGGACUCCAACUCAAGUACUGGAAUUAUGGGUAUUGCAUUCCCCGGACAAGAGUCCACCCCCUAUCCAUAUCCAAAUGUACCUCAAUUGCUCAAAGACCAAGGCUAUAUUGAAACAGUAGCAUACUCUCUUUGGCUCAAUGAUGUCCAAGCAUCGACUGGAAAUAUACUUUUUGGAGCGGUUGACCACGGCAAAUAUGAUGGUCCUCUUUAUACCAUUCCUAUAAUUAACACCGGAAGUGGAUCAGAACCAUGGGAUAUGGCAGUUACCUUCUCAAAUAUUACUGUCUGCCUUGGCGGAGUUUUCAGCACAAUUGAGUUUACAGAAGGAACUGUGAUACUAGACUCAGGAACUACAUUUUCGUACCUUCCCUCAAACAUGGUUCAACCAAUUUUAAAGGGUUUAAAUGCUCAAUAUAACAGUGAUAUUAGUGGAUACACAGUACCAUGCGAUGUGGAUGAUGGCGGUUUCAUUGAAUUUAAUUUAGACGGCGCCAUAGUGGUUGUUCUCAUACAGGAGUUUCUUCUUCAUCUCAAAACCGCUAGUGGUGACAUUGCAUAUCAGAAUGGCAAACCUCUUUGCCAAGUUGGCUUGGUGGAACAGGACGAUGCCAAUAGCAUACAUAUUUUGGGAGAUACCUUUUUGAGGAGCGCCUAUGUCGUAUAUGAUCUCCAAAACUAUGAGAUUUCUAUGGCAAACUCUGCUUUGAACUCGUCAUUUUCAGAUAUAGAGGUGAUUGGCAGCGGUGGAGUGCGCGCUCUUUAA